UGGUAAAAGUAGUAAGAGUAGUAUGGGUAGUAUGCUAUUUCGAAACCCAGCGACUACUUCAGAUGUAACGAGUGCUGGAAAACUUUUCCGAGAUUUGUCUCACCGACAAGAAAGAUGGAUUCUACUGCCUUUGUGAAAUUAAUCGAUCAGAAUAGGAAAAUCGCCCUAUGUGGUGCUGGUACUGCAGUUGCGCUGCUUGGACUCGGCCUGGGGUAUAACUAUAUGUGCAAAGAGAAAAAGUUAACUCAGGUUGGAGUUGUUUCUCAGCUGUUAGUUCAUCCGAUGAAGUCUGGGAAAGCUGUGUCGGUAGAUUCCGCAGAAUGCCUUCGAAUGGGACUGAAAUACGGCGACCUGCAGGAUCGCCACUGGCUUGUCAUCACUGAAGAUGGACACAUGGUGACAGGCAGACAGCAGCCUCGUCUGGUGUUGGUGUCGCUGGCCUGUGAAGGUGGGCAGCUUUGUCUCAAUGGACCCAAGAUGGAGGAGUUGAGGGUUCCUCUUCAACAGCCCAAUAACUCCGUUGUGGACUGCAGAGUGUUUACUGUAGACGUCCAAGGCAGAGACUGUGGGGACGAAGUGUCUGACUGGCUUACUAGAUACCUGGCAUUUGACAAGACCAUUCGCCUGGUCCAUUUUGAACCGCAUCUAAAGGCCCAGUGGCCUUCAGAGAAAGAGCCACUGUUUCCUAGGGAUGAGAAGGUGGCCUAUCCUGAUGCAGCUCCCAUCAUGCUGAUGUCUGAGGCCUCUGUUAGGGACCUGAAUAGCAGAUUGGACCGUGAGGUCACUAUCUCUCAGUUCCGUCCCAGCAUUGUGGUCAGUGACUGUGAGGCCUUCACAGAGGACACAUGGGAUCAUAUUCAGAUUGGCCAAGUGGAGAUGAAGAGAGUCAUUGGCUGUGGAAGGUGCAUUUUUACUACUGUUGACCCUGAAACUGGAGUUCUCACUGGGAAAGAGCCACUGAACACACUCAAAGCCUAUCGAAUGACUGACCCUAAGCAGAAAAUCUCACCAAUAUUGGGCCAGUACUACACCAUCAAGAAAACAGGUGUCCUUCUUGUUGGUGAACCUGUUUAUAAAGUCACCUGUUGAUACAGUCCUGACAGGAUGGAAUGCAGAACAAUGAUCUGUUGAACAUGUUACAUGCGGACACAACAGAAAAUUUGACUUUGAUCAAUGUUCCUAAUCAUUUUCAAUGAAUAAAAAAGAAUAAAGAAUUUAUAAUCAAGAUUGUUUUGUAAAAUGUACCAU